AUGCUGAUCUCUUCUCAAUGGCAAUUCCUGCUUUUCCUGGGCAGCGUGUUGCUGGGCUGGCUCAUCCACCCCGCUCAUGGCACCACAACUGAUCAAGUUUUCGAUGUCCAGCUAGCCAGAGAUAACAAUGGCGGCGACUGUGAUGCUCAUCUGUCCGUUGUGAAUCUUAUGAGUUCCGAGGUCGAGGCCAUGGUCAAGGCUGCGACGGACGCAAUCAACACCCUCCUCACCGCGCCAGAGGGCUCGGCUCUCAAGGGACGAAAGGAGCGUCUGCGUAUUGCAAUGAUGGCCGAGAAGCUUUGGAAAAUCAAAUACACCAAGCUCAAAUUGACCGUGGAAGAUAAAAACUCCAUCAAAACACUGGACGCAAUCAAGAAAAAUUAUGGCAAAAUUCAAGAGUACAUCGAUGACCCCAAUGCUAGUGAUGGUGGUAAAUUUCGGUUUGCCUGCGACGACAGUUGGGCCCAAAGAGUCGAGAAACUGCCGACCGACCUGCAUUUCCAGUAUGUGCAGUAUAAGAAAGGCACACCAGUCAAGGAGGUCGACAUACUCAAAGGCGAUAAGGAGUUCGACUAUGCCUGGUAUAAUACAGGGGGCAAAACGAUCGAGCAGCAAUACAUGACUUUCCAGAACGGUUGGCAUCCAGACGGACCCUGUCAAGGCGGAACCCGCGAGGUGAAUGGAAAGGAGUACGAACCUAUCCAGGCCCAAACGCAACAAGAGCGAAUCAUGAUCUAUUUCUGUCCAAUAGUGUGGAAGAUGAAGGAAAGCUUGGCUUCGUCUGCUAAGAAUGUCAAGAAAAAGGAUCUAUUGGACGACUAUCGGACCCCCAGCUCAGUCUUGCUCCACGAAAUGACCCAUCAGCUCUUCAGAUCGCAAGAUACUACUUAUGGAUGGAAGGGUUGCGUUAACAAAAUCACGACUGCAGACGAUGCUGUGGGCAAUGCCGACACCUAUACCUUCUUUGGGAUGGCGAUGUACAUGGACAAAUGGUGGUGGGACAGCGGGCGAGCCCAAUCGCCCCCUUUUAUUGCUUAG